AUCGUAGAAAUCGUCCUUGUUUACCGAAAAUGAACUUCGAAAGCGCUACAGAAAUCGAAAGAAAAAGAGAAGAAAUUAGAAAAGCCCGCCAAAUAUAUCUGGAAAAGGCUAAAGAGAAAUAUGAAAAAGAGGAGAAAAAGAAAGAGAUUGCCAAGAAAAAAGGAGAUGACAGUUGGAUGCUAGCAUCUAUAGACCAGAGGAUUAAACAUGAAGAACAAAGUUUGAAGAAAUCAAAGAAAAAGAAGAAAGAGAAAAAGAAAAAGAAACAAAAGAAGAAGAAGAAAGACUCCAGCAGCUCAUCAGAUUCUGAGUCAGAAGAUGAAAGAGAGAAGAAAAAAUCAAAAAAGAAAAAGAAGAGGAAGAAAUCAAGCAGUAGUUCCGAUUCUGAUGAAGAACCAGCUUGGAUAGAAAAGUCACAACCAGCACAGACUGCUGACACAAGUACCACAGCUGUUAAAGGUCCUAAACUUGAGAGGGAUAGCUGGAUGCAAACCCCAGUGGAUCUGUUUCCUACAAUAACCAGACAGGAUCUUAUAAACCGGAAAACCAAGGAGAAAGAUGAACUAGACAAACAAAGGGAACUCAUGAAUAAGCCCGGAACCCAUGCGAAAGAAUUAAAUCCUUACUGGAAGGACGGAGGAACAGGUUUACCAGAGGAUCAAAAGAAGUCUGAAAAUAAAGACAAGUCUGUAUCAACAGGUGUUGGAGAUGCUGGGUUGUCAUGGUUACGUAAGUCUUACCAAAGAUGUGUGGAGCAGGCUAAAGAGGAAGGAAGACCACUGGAAGAACUGGCAGCAGAAAGAUGGGGUUCAUUAGAGAAAAUCCAGGAGAUGAUUAGAAAUGCUGAAGCAACUGUUUACGGUGAACCAAAAUCGCGUUCUCAGUCAGAUAGACCAAGAAAUAGGUUUAUGAAACCAACUGAAAGUGAUAAUAGUGCUAGAAAAUAUGAUAAACAUAGACAUGCAAGGUCACCAUCAAGGUCACCUUCAAGACAAUCAAAAAAUGAAAGGUCAAGGACACCAGAUAGAUAUAAACAUAGGUCUAGAUCAAGAGACAGAGGUGAUAGUUCAAGAUCUAAAUAUAGUAACAAAAGCAGACGUUCAAAAUCUAGGUCAUUAUCUAGAGACAGAAAAAGAUCUCGUUCAAGAGACAGAAAUAGGAGAAGGUCAAGAUCAAAUUCUAGAGAUAGAUAUAGAAGACGGUCAAGGGAGAGGUCAAGGUCACGUGACAGAAAUAGGUCAAGUGGUUCAUCGUCAAUGAAAGGGAGAUUUAUGAAGCCUGGAGAAAUACAGGAAAGUGGAUACAAAGGUUCAAGGUCAGAGUCUUCAAGAAAUAAUGCCCCAGCAUGGAAAAAGAAGGAAUUUCAGAAGCCAGCUGAUCCAGAUGAUGGCAUUGAUAAGUCUGCAGCCCAGAGAGAUGGUAGAAGUUACAGGGAGGAGAAAAAUGAAAGGAAAAAGAGAAGAUCACCAUUAUCAUCUUCAUCAUCAUCAGAUUCCAGUUCAAGUAGCAGUGAUGAGGAUUCUGAUAGAGGUCAGAGGUCAAGGUCAAAACAGGAUGAAAGACCAAAAUCACCUGUGAGGAUUCUGUCAGAAAAAGAGAUGAAUGACCUAGGUGCUAAGAUUGUCAAGGCAGAAAUUAUGGGAAAUGAGGAGCAGGCAGCAAAGUUGAAAUCCCAGCUUGAAGCAGCAAGAGAAGCUAAGAAGAAUGCACCUGCUAUACCUCAAGGUCAAAGUCAGAAGAGGGAAGAUGAUGAUGACUUUGUGACCUUGACCCGUACUGAUAGAUCUGGGUUAGCUCGACCUGUACCAGAUAGUCAGUAUCCUGCAGAGUCAGGUGGAAAGAGGAGAAGGAAAAAGCAAAAGGUAGAGACCCACACAGGCAAAGAAGGGGAGAGAACUAGAUACUUUGAUGAUGAUGACAAGUUUGACCUUAAAACUCUUGUUGAACGAGAGAAGCUUGGUACAGCAGAAGAUCAAAAUCAGAUGUUUGCUCGGCUUGCAGGGAGGGCUGCUCAGAAGACCAAUGAUGACUUUCAAGUUGACGAUGUUUUCAUUAGCAACGCAAACAGGAAACAGUCAGAGUCUAUACAGGAACAGAGAGAUAGAGCUGCUGCUAUUCAUGAGCAUAAGAAAAUGGCAGCUUCCUUGGAGAAGUGUCGGUUCUGCUUCGGAAAUGUGCCGAAGCAUCUUAUUAUUGCCAUAGGUACAAAGGUAUACUUGUGUUUACCAAACAACAAAUCUCUGACAGAGGGUCACUGUUUGAUAGUACCAAUGCAGCAUGUAGCCUCAGGAACAACUGUUGAUGAAGACGUCUGGAGUGAAAUACAGGUAUUUAGAAGAACAUUAACGAAGAUGUUUGCAGAUCGAGAUGAAGAUGUGGUAUUUAUGGAAACGUGCAUGAAGCUUAAACAGUUCCCACAUAUGUGUAUAGAAUGUGUACCUAUGGACAAGGAAGUGGGAGAUUUAGCUCCCAUAUAUUUCAAGAAAGCCAUACAGGAAAGUGAGAGCGAAUGGUCACAGAACAAAAAAGUUGUUGAUCUCAGUCAGAAAGAUAUCAGACACUCUGUUCCAAAAGGAUUUCCUUACUUUGCGGUAGACUUUGGUAAUCAGGGAGGAUUUGCACAUGUAAUAGAAGAUGAAUUCAGGUUUCCAUAUUACUUUGGAAAGGAAAUAAUUGGUGGAAUGGUAGAUGCUGAUCACAGAUUAUGGAAGAAACCACCAAAGGAGAAUUUUGAUGAACAGAGGAUAAAAGUGCUCAAGUUUAGUGAAAUGUGGAAACCUUAUGACUGGACUCAGAACAUAGCAAAAAAGGUUGAAACGGAUAGCAGUAGUAGUGAUUCAGAUUGAUUAUGAAGUUAAAUCAAGCUUCUUGGUGACACAGAUUGGUGUUGGAUCAGGAUACUUGGUGACUCAGAGGUUUGGUCAGACAUGUUUAUGACACACAUUAAGGCCUCUUGCUGACUUUAAUGCAUGGCAAUGUUACAUGAAGCUUAUUAGGUGUGAUAUUGAUACUGAGCUUCUUGUUGAUAGUGUGGAGGUGCAAGUAAAUGAAGAACUUGCAGUGUAAUGAUAGAUUUGUUUCAGAGGAGUUACUAAACUUAAUUCUACCAAUAUAUAAUGGCCACAUUUUGGUGGCACAUUUCUGUAAUAACUGAUUGUUCAGAACUGGUGAAGAAUGAAUAGAUCAAGGGUAUAAAUUUCUAUGAUUUACAUAUUUGAAAUAAAUUGUUUUACUAUA